CUCAUUGAUCAAUCUCCAACAAGAGUAGCACAGAGUUGGUCGUGCCAACCUCGCAAAAGAAGUUGUUUGGGCAAGAACCUGAACGUUAUUCCUUAAACGUCAAUUUCUUGAUUUCACUUGGACGAGCAAACAGGGCAGCUGCAAUGUGGAUUCAAGUGCGCACAAUGGAUGGGAAGGAAACCCAUCGGGUGGAUUCCCUGUCCAAACUCACCAAGGUGGAUGAGCUGCGUGUAAAAAUCAUGGAGCUCUUUAAGGUGGAGCCAGAGAGACAGAGGCUCUUCUACCGUGGCAAGCAGAUGGAGGACGGCCAUACCAUAUUUGACUACAAUGUCGGCCUAAAUGACAUAGUGCAGCUGCUUGUUAGGCAGAAGAUGGCCCCCAGUGUCGUCAAAAGCAAAGAAAAAGAAGCUGAGCUCUCAGACUCUGAUUCUGGGUGUGGGUCCACGCAGAGCGAGUCUGACAAGAACUCAACUCACGGCGAGGUAGAGGCUCAGACCGCCGGCACCUCCGCUCAGAUAAACGCACCAGAGCUCGUCGACCCCGGAUUUGGACUCUUCAAGAUCAAUGAGCUGGUGGAUGCGAGAGACCUGAACAUGGGGGCGUGGUUUGAAGCCCAGAUUACGAACGUUACGAAGACCACAAAGACCCCCAAAGAGGAGGGCGCUGAGGCACAGCCAGAUGAGGAGGAGAUACUGUACCAUGUUAAAUACGAAGACUACCCAGAAAACGGAAUCAUUCAACUACUGGGCAAAGAUGUUCGUCCGCGGGCCCGCACCGUGUACCAGUGGCACCAGCUGGAGCCAGGAAUGGUUGUUUUUGUUAACUACAACCCAGAUGAUCCCAAGGAACGUGGGUACUGGUACGACGCCGAGAUCCAGAAGAAGAGGGAGACUCGUACUGUGCGAGAGAUCUACGCCAAGAUUCUCCUUGGCGAUGCCGGUGACUCUCUUAACGACUGCCGAAUUAUGUUCCUGACCGAAAUCUACAAAAUCGAGGAGGCUGGUUCUCUCAGCGACGCCCCAGCUGGAUCCGAAAGUCCUCUAAAAAGAUCAAAUGGGCCUGAGUGCAAGCACUGCAAGGAUGAUCUCAAUAAAGCCUGUCGCUGGUGUAACUGUCACAUCUGCGGCAUCAAGCAGGAUCCCGACAAACAGUUGCUGUGCGACGAAUGUGACAUGGCCUAUCACAUCUACUGUCUUAAUCCUCCACUUGCCUCCAUCCCUGAAGAUGAGGACUGGUAUUGCCCAAAUUGCCGCAAUGACAGCAGCGAGGUGGUGCUGGCUGGAGAAAAGUUGAAGGAGAGCAAGAAGAAAGCAAAGAUGGCUUCUGCCAGCUCCUCCAGCCAGAGGGACUGGGGCAAGGGAAUGGCAUGUGUUGGUCGAACCAAGCAGUGCACCAUUGUUCCAUCCAACCACUACGGCCCAAUUCCUGGCGUUCCCGUCGGCUCUUUGUGGAAGUUCAGAGUGCAGGUCAGUGAAUCUGGUGUCCACAGGCCUCAUGUUGCUGGAAUUCAUGGCAGGAGCAACGAUGGCGCCUACUCUCUGGUCUUGGCAGGAGGCUACGAGGACGACGUGGAUGAUGGCAAUGAGUUCACGUACACCGGCUCUGGAGGUCGAGACUUGUCAGGAAACAAGAGGACGGCCGAGCAGUCGUGUGAUCAGACUCUGACUCACAUGAACCGGGCGCUGGCUCUCAACUGCAACGUGCCGGUCAAUGACAAAAACGGAGCCGAGUCCAAGAACUGGAAGCUAGGCAAGCCAGUAAGAGUUGUGCGCAGCUGCAAAGGACGUAAGCACAGUAAAUACUGCCCUGAGGAAGGAAACCGUUACGAUGGGAUAUAUAAGGUGGCAAAGUACUGGCCAGACAAAGGAAAGUCCGGCUUCUUGGUGUGGCGGUAUCUGCUGAAGCGUGAUGACGAUGAGCCAGCACCGUGGACCAGAGAUGGCAAGGAACGCAUCAAGAAGCUUGGUCUCGUCAUGCAGUAUCCUGCCGGGUAUCAGAAAGAGAAGGAGAACAAGAAUGAAGUGGAGGAGGAAGAAACACCUAACAAGACAAAGAGGAAGAGAAAGUCUCAGAGCAGCGAAACCAAGGCCUCCCCAGGGAAGACUCCUAAGAAAAUCAAGGUAGAGGUGUACAAGCUGUCCCAGGAGCAGAAAGCCCUCAUCAAGGAGGACAAGACAAACAAGAAGCUGUGGGACGAAGCCAUGGAGUCAUUGUCACUUGGACCGAAAUUCUUGAACAAAGUUGAAGAAGUUUUCCUCUGCAUUUGCUGCCAAGAAGUGGUCUUUCAGCCCAUCACCACAGAGUGCCAACACAAUGUCUGCAGGGAAUGCCUUCAGCGGUCCUUCAAAGCAGAGGUCUACACCUGCCCGGCCUGCAGACACGACCUGGGCAAAAACUACUCCAUGUCUGUCAACAAAUCUCUGCAAGACAUUCUAAAUCAGUUUUUCCCAGGCUACAGCAACGGACGAUGAUCAUUGGUUCUGCCUACUUGGCCCUUGAGGAAACGUGAUUUUAAACUGUAAGGGGCAUUUUUAGUAGAGGCAAUAAAGAAUCACUUUCUCCUAAUAUAUUUUCUAUGAUUAUAAAACUACAAUAUUUGUGGACUUUGAUGCUCCCUUUUUUUUUUUUUUCUUUAGUUUUGCCUUGGAUCAGCCAUGAUGCGGUGUCAAUGAGAUGAAUUGAAAACUCCUUUUUUUUUUUUUUGUAUAACUGGCUGUAUUAUUACUCCAUUAAUACCUUGAUCUUACUUCCAGUGUUUCGUUUUGGUCCAUUAACUAAUGCUAAUCUUAUCCGUAAUGUAAAAGUUGUCACUUGACUAAAUCCCUCCGUUUUAUUUAGCACUCGUUUAAAGAACGUUCAGCCAUUUUCCCAACUUGUUCGGGGUUAAUUUUUGAACGAUCUUGUUAUUUUUGGUGCAAUUUGUUUAACUAAAUUUGAUCGUUCAGUUGUUUCGAUUAGUUUUUUUCCUGGCAUGAUUAGGUGAUUGGCACCAAUACCAUAACUGAGCGAAGUCUCUUUUUUUGAGAGAAAAAAGGAUUUCUGAAUCGAUCACUGCUCAGUACAGUGUAGACGAGACCCAACGUAUAAGCACAAUCUGAACCAGCAGGAAUUGUUGUUGUUUUGUUUUCCUGCUCUUAAGCAGCAUGACAAAUGUCUGUGGGAAUUGUGUCAUCGAACAAUGUUGGAUUUUUCAACCUAUUUCAUGGUUCCCUUAAUACUUAUAUGAUUGUAUAUGAAGUUUCUAUAAAUUUGAUAUAACCCUUUAAUGCCAAACCUUUUUUAUACCAUGGCAUAAAUUUGGAUUCUCCUCGUUUUGAAAAGUCUUCUCUAUAAAAGUCCAAAGAAACGGCGAUGCUUAACCAAGAUUGUAAUGUAGAACUAUCAUCUAUCUAGGUCUCUAGAUGUUGUCCCUGAUACUCGCGUCUUGCUGAGUCUAGAUUUUUUUUUUUAAGAUGUUAAAAUGUGUACUUUGAUAUUUUAUAAUCCAUUACUGCCAUUUGUGUUGGGGGAGGUGGGGGGUUUCAUUCAGUCUUUUGUCUCCAUUGGUCGCUUGUGAAACCUGACCUCAUUUGAAAAAAAACAACAAAAAAAAACAGGAAAUGCUUGAUUGAGCUAAAUUAAUUUUGUUUUCUAGGAAUGAUAUUUAGUGUUGAAUUUUAACAGCUGUGUGUGUGUGUAUCUAUCCACACGCCAGGACUUCAUGUUUUGACCGAAAGACCAAUAUUUGCAUAGACUGGGAAAUGUAUAUUUACUGAAAUUGUAUAAUUUUUUUUUUUUUUUUUUUUUUUUUUUAGUGCAUUUUAGUUUUAUGUAGUUUUAGAAUUAUUUGCACUUUUUGUGCAAAGUUUUGUCAAUACAUUUUCAGUGUUAUUCAAUAAAAUUUAAAAUUUGGUA